GCUAUGUCCCUCAAGAAUGAUAGAUCAAUUAUUUAUUCUGCAUGUGUCGCAGAGGUUUUUUUUUUGCUUCUUCUUUUUCACAUCAGAUUUUAUUGUCUUAACUAUAAUGGCACAUGAUCGUUACAUUGCAAUUUGCAAUCCUCUCCAGUAUGAGAGAAUUAUGCACAAAGGAGCCUGCCUUCAGAUGGUAGCAACUGGGUUGAUAUUUAGUCUUAUUUAUACCUGUGGCACCUUUGCAAAUACUUUCUGUUCCAAUGUCAUCAAUCAGUUCUUCUGUGAAGUUCCACAGUUAUUAAAGAUUUCCUGUUCAGACCUUUACUUAGUGGAAACAGGGCUUCUACUCCUAGGAUGCACCAUGGCAUUUGGCUGCUUUGUCUUCAUCAUUGUAACUUACAUGCAGAUUUUUCGUACAGUAUUCAGAAUGCCUUCUGUACAUGGUCAGAAGAAAGCUCUCUCCACAUGCUUUCCCCAUGUCACUGUGGUCACACUGUUCAUAUCCAGUACAGUCUUUGCCUAUGCAAGGCCUCCUAGUGGGACAUCUUGUCUUGAUAUAGUUUUGCGGUGAUAUAUCCUGUAAUUCCUCCCAUAUCAAAUCCAUUCAUUUAUAUAUGAGA